CAGUCGAAAAAGUAACGAGAAAAUAGUAGUGAAUGGGAGAGUGCUAUUCUUUGUUUUAUGCACUUAGAUUCUUGAGAAGUUGGUAAAUUGUUUGGAUUUUUUCAUGUGUUCGAAAUAAGUGAAAGAUACGAAAAAAGAUCGGGAGAGUGUAAACAUUAGAAAAAAAGCAAUUUUUCUAUUAAUUGAAUUAUGGAAACGUCCAGUGAUGAAAGGAAAGUGACCAUCGCCGUAAGGCACGAUCAACAUUUCAUCGCUAUCGUCAGUAGUCUGCUGGAUUGUCUUGGUGAAAAUGAUGAGUCGCUGCGCAACAUGACAGAAACAUCGUUGAUACGGAUAGCCAAACGUCGACAUGACGAAAUCGUAGAGGUGUUUUGUGAUUAUCACAGGAAACACCCAAAGCUCAGUGAAACCCAAUCUUCUAUUAUAUUAAGGGUGAUCGAACAUAUAGUUAUCAAUCUUAUGGACCAAAUCAGUCAUGAAACAGCAUCCAAGUGCAUUGAAUAUAGCGUAAAUGAGAUAACACGAUCGCCGGAUCAGCAAUCACUGGUUCAAUCACCAUGCCAAGAAAUUUUAGUAUCCGUAGGUAGACGCUUCUGCAAGGAGGUAAUGGAUGCAUUGACAAAACAUGUUGAACAGCAUCAGGUUGCUCAUUUCAUGAUAAUGUACUCAAUGGGAUCGCUGGCUACCGCCAAUGUGAUGGAGUCGAUUCCCCUAAUCAAACCGAUAAUGGGUUAUAUUCUUCCUACGCUUUCGUCAAUAAGACAAGAUCAUGGUCGACAAUCGUAUGCUUUUGCUAUCGGACGAUUUUCAGAAGCUUUUUGCGAAUAUAAAGAACACCAGCGCCUUAAUCCCAAAGAAGAAGCGCCGAUGAAAACUGGAAUCACGUACGAUAUAUCUGACGAAGUAGGUAUAGCAUACGACUUGUUCCAGACGCAAUGGCUUUCUUCGCGCGAACCAAAAGUAUCAUAUGCAGUGCUGAAUGCGCUAUCCUUUAUGUAUCCGCUACUAUCAGUGGAAAAAAUAAACGACGGCUUAUUGAAAGUAAUUCCAAGCACACUCGCACUCUAUCGUCGCAGUGUUGACCGAAGUGCUGUGACACAAUAUUUAGCUGCAAUAAUCAAGACGGUUCUAGAGCUGAACGCAUCUCUGUUGUCAGGAUUGUCCGAUACUGUAAUAGCAACAUUGUUUGAUUUGGUGUGUGUUAAUCCGGAUUACGAAAAACCGCAAACAGUAAAGGGUCAUUAUGAAGUGUUGCGGUGCUUCGAUUUGCUUGCCAACGAUUAUGGUGAUAAAAUUGUUGAUAUUCUACUAAUUCAUCUACGCAGUAACAAUGAACGUGAAAGGAUCAAAUCGUUGCUCGUCUUAACUCAUCUAACCAAUACAUCAGAACGUGUAAUUUGCGCAAAAAAGAUCGAUCUAACCAUCAUCCUCAAAACGAUGCUGACUGCUGAACGGUCAAUUAAACUAAAAAUGGUUCUGCUGAAAACCAUUGUGGCGUUUAUGCAAAGAGAUUUAGUGCAUGACAAAGAAUUCGUAGUCUUCCUAAUCAGAGGAAGCUGUCGGUUGAACAAGUUUAACACAGAGCACGGUAGCUGCGAUGAAUAUCAAGAAUUUGUAACAGCAUGCAACAACACAAUGUUUAUAUUAUCCUCGACAAUCGGGACAAUGGAUGACAUUCUGAAGAUGGAGCUACUACAAAGUUACUUAAGAUUUGAAUUCACUGACAUGUGCAGUACGAUUGCCAGGUGUUUGACCAAUCUACUAAGCAAGGAUCCUGAAGUUGCUCGUAUUCCAGAACGGCGCAAUCCAUUCGAUGAGAGCGAACCUAGUGAGGAUGUUCGACCUCCAAGUGCGAUAUCUAUUUUCGUUCGCUCUAUGGCAUUGUUGGGAAAUUUUGACGACAUACUUCGUGUGCAAAAUAUUUUAUCCUUCCUGAAAACUUAUUCAUCGAAUUUAUAUAAGCACUUGACACCGCUGUGGAAUGAACAAUUAGGAAACAUCCUAUUAGAACUGAGCAGCGCCACUGGUAUAGACCAGAAACGAUACGAUACACUGUUGUCGGAGUUUCUUCAGGCUACUAUCAAAGAUGUUGACGAAUUUAAGUUCAUUGAGGGAUUAAUUGCUGAGAUUUUUCAACAGCUGCCUUUGUAUCAGCUUGUUACACCUGGGACGAAUCAAACACAGUUGGAGUAUAAAAUUCCUUCGUUGGAUCGGGAGAAACGAAUGCUCGUCAAGGUUUUAGGUAUGUGCCUGUGUCACUCAAUCGAUGAGCACCUAAUAGCGAACAAGAUAGAUCUCAUUAUUGGAUUAGCAAAAGCUGAAAAGUUGGAAAAGAAUGCCACUAAUGGAGAUUACGAGAUACUAGUGAAAGAUCAUGCACAAUCACUGGGGUAUGUGUCGGUUGAGCAUGUCGACAAGGUAAUGAAAAAGCUUGUCGCUUUGGUAAUUGAAGAUGGCACUGUAAAAAAGUCGGGAAGUUUUUUCUCCAAUCUUAACUUCAUUAAGGAUACCAGUAAGGAAAUAGAAAACUUCAAAAUCAAAAUGUUGGUUUUACAAUCACUGAGCUUCGUCGUUGUAAUGGCGCCAAAGGAAAAAGUGAUCCGUCUUUUUGAUGAAUCAAUUAUCAACUAUCUGACGGCACAGUUCGAUAACAAGGAGCUGUUCAUACGAAAAAAUAUUCUAAACAUUUUCCUAAGCUUGGCUGAGAUUCUUUUGCAGAAUCCAAAUGCUUUGCCAGAUGAUCACAUGAACAAUUUUAAAAACAAAAAUGAUCUUUUAAAAAUCUGUAUGAAUAUUACUUGUGACUCCCAGAAUGAAUAUCUUCCUCUGUUUCCGCUUAUUCUAAAACUGUCAACAAUGCUGAUCAAACUCAAUGCUGAAGACGAGAAUGUUGAUGUAAACGGGCUGCUUAACACUGCAUGCUACUAUUUUUUUACUACUGCUCAAAACCUCAAGGGCAAGUUUGACUCGAUUGAGGAGGACAAUCGAAACAGUUAUUUAGCCAAAUACCUCAAUCAAUCGUUACCGGAGCUCAACCAAUUUAUAAAAACUAUCCUCGAGCAGCAAAAUGGAUCACCAGCUUGUCUUGAUGAUAUUAACUCGAUAUUAGAGAUUUGGUUGAAGGAUCGCAAUAACGAGGUGCGCAUUUGUGCAGGACAUGUGUAUAACAAUACCUUAGAUGUGUACAUGCAUUCGAUGAAGAUUGGCUACGAGGCGCCAUCUAAAUUCAACCAAACGGGAAGUUUACUUGGAAAAGUAAUCCCUCGUUGUAUUGAUUCUAAUGCUACUGUUCGACAAACGGCAAUUGAAGUGUUAAAGAAGAUAUUAGAGAUUGCUUGUAUCUACGAAACGUUAACCAUUGCAGAUAAUCGGAAUGAUUGGGUUAUCGAACUGGAUCAAAUUAGGGAUGAGAUAAUUACGAAUGAUCCGAAAGAUAUCUACAGAAUCGCAGGUCAGUUGGCAACCAUUAUUGCUCAGCGACUUUCCAGUUAUCAGUAUGUGCAAUUCAGCAAGUGCUUGCUGUACAGUUUGAACGACUCAGAGCAAAGUUCGAUAAUAGGAGCAUCAGUGGUUCUCAAAUUUUUCACGCAGAUUAAGGGAGCAGAAAUGUUCCAUGCAAUUCCGGAUCUAGUCAAAGAAUGUCUCUAUGCUGUCAAAAAAUGUGAUGUACCUAAAGCUCGAACAGGGAUUUUGAAAUCAAUGCUGGCUCUGACUAAACAUCACCCAAAGCUUGUAUGUAACGAGGUUCUCAGUCAGAGUUUACCAUUUGAAGAUAACGUUAUUGACUACUGGCGAACUAUCACGUUGGAUGCAGAACUGACAGGAAUCAUAUUAGAUAAUUUCAUUGGCACCGUCACCACAUCAUGCUUGUACGAACAGCAACAUCAGGACAAACCGAGGGAGGAUGCUCAGAAAGCCGUGACCCUACCACCGUUUGCCAUCAUUUGCGUUCUAAAUGAAAUAUUCAGGAGUCAAGAUAUCAAGGCAGAGUUGAACGUAAGAUUCACUGAGAUCUUUUGUAUGCUGCUGUCAACGCUGGCUACCUAUAUAAACCUGCUACCACCUUGCAUCCAUGUUAUUCCUCAAGAUCCAGGAAACGUAACCAUACCGAAGAAUACGAAACGUGGAAAAUCAUCUACUGCUAAAGAUGCCAAAUUGAACCCAUGUCAAAUUGCACUAGACACGUUCAAAGCUUUUCUGGAGACUUUGGAGAUGCAGCAAAUUUUCAACGUGCUGGAUGUAUGCUCUAAUUUAGGAUCCAGUACUGAUUUGCAUAGUUUCAUAGAAAUACUUACCCCAUUGAGCAUAGCGACUGCCGGUGAGGUUGGCAUAAAUUCUACUACGAUGAAACAAAUCGUUACCACACUGAGCAAGUACGUAAGCAGCCCAUACGACACACAAAGGGUUGCCUCAACCGGAUUUUAUUCGCAUCUAGUGCCGCUAAAACCUUGUGGAGAAAUUUCCUCGGUUAUCAUGCUUCAUUUAAAUUCGUCUCUAAACGACCCGAAUCCACUCGUCCGAGGAUUAAGUAUUCGAGGUAUGGCGUAUUUGUGUAGUCUAACCGAGCACGAUAUUGAUAAAUAUUCAGAAAUGUGCCUGACGGCCUUGCUAAAAGGUAUUGAUGAUUACAAUCAAAAUUGUUUCAUCAAUAUUCCUUUGGAUAGUAUGCUUGGCCUUUCGAAGAUACUACAAACCCUUCCACACAAUAAAUUUGAAAUGUUCCAAGUGUCGCUGGCGAUUCGUAUAAAACCAUUCUUCGAAAACACCUCAGUUGAACUGCGAGAAUCGGCGAUUCUUCUUUUCGGAGAUCUUUGCCACUCGAAGACGAACAUACUACAUCAAAUGAAGCAGGACGAGGGAACGUCAGCAGUUUUGGAAAAUGGGACGGUGUCUGAAUCGCUGAUUGAACAAAUGAAGUCGAAUUUAUGUUCACUCUUGUUGCAUUUGUGCGAGGAGAAUAGCCGGAUUGCGAGGGCAUGUAAGAUCACACUGAGAAAUGUGUGUGCGUUGUUAGGUACUGUCAAGAUGAAUAAAUUGGCACAAAACCACCUGUUGGAGCACGGCCAGCUUCAGUAUAGCAAUUUUGUGAAAGAUUUCACGAAACUAAUUGGUGAAGAACUAUCGGAAUCGGUAAGCGAUUUCAUUGACGCCUGUCUUCCUUCCCUACGAAGUCAAUGGGCAGAGAUUCGAGGAAACGCAGCAGUUUUGAUUGGAUUGCUACAUACUCAAAACCAAUCGAGUCAACACAUGGACGCCGCCGGCCAUAAAAUUUCACUUCUACUGAAGGAUGAUGCCACCGUGAAAAUAAAGGCUUCGGAAGCGCUAGGCUAUAUUUAUGGUGACAGUUAG